AUGCGAUCACGAACCGGCUGCUUAACGUGUCGAACACGAAAGCUAAAAUGUGAUGAAGAAAAGCCCGAAUGUUCACAAUGUCGCAAAGGUGGCCGAGAAUGUCGUCCGAGCGAAGGAGUAGUUUUCCGCCAUCAACAAAACGCGUCGAUGAACCGAACCUCCCCAGAUGGUCGUGGUAGUCUCAAUGGGUUCUAUUCAUAUAAGAACACCUUUGACAAGGAUAGUGUGUGGUUGGAUGUUCCUAAACAUGUGAUAUUCGUCGACAAUUCCGAUCCAUACGCCGAUGACCUCGAGGGUCCCCUGGCAGAUCCGAACGCAGCGCAAACAAACUCUCCAAAUCACAGAUGGGGCAGUGGAGCCUCCCGAACAAGCGAUGCUGAAACACAGGGAUUAGAAGCCUUGUCGGCGGUCGCACACGAUCGCUUCCCUUAUUCUUCCCUAGACCAUUCCAUCCCUGAUAGUACCUCCUAUACCUCUCCCAACCGACGGCACAAUGCUGCUCUUCCGCCGGCUUCGCCAUCCAUGUCGCUGGCAUCCACCAGCAAUAAUACCAAUAUUAAUUUCCUCCUCAACCCGUCGCAUUCGAUGUCCCCCUCCAUCGAUCCAAGUAUCCAACUCUCUGGCCGCCACACUCCACUCCCAUCAAGACCGGCAGUUUCACAGAGAAGCAUAAGUCAUAUGAGCCAAAUGAGCCAAAUGAGCCUCAUGACACAUACACCAGAUGACAAUUCAGAGACCGAUUUUGAGACCGCUUUCUUUCUGCGACAUUAUUCGGAAGGACCAGGACUGUGGAUGGAUCUCUUUGAUCUAGGGACAUAUUUCGCUUCAUACGUCCCGGUACGAGCGAGAGCCAACCCUCUUUUGAAAUUCGCCGCUUGCGCAUAUUCCGCUAAACAGCUGGGUCGAGUCAAAGGUACCAAGGCACCGAUGGGUGGAGUUUGCACCCAACAAGCUGCCAUGGAAUUGUGGCCUGAUAAAGACCCCGACUUCGCCUGGUACGGGGCCAAAUACUAUGAAAAGGCCAUCCAGUUGUUAAUGAAAGAGCUGCAACCUGACGCAGAGGGUCCACCACCAUUAAGUACCCCCGAGGCUUUCGGUCAAUGGCAAGCUUCCGAGCUUUCUGUAGAUACGGACAACCCACGUAAGCGCCGCAGACGGGUUUCUGAUAGUCGGCUCUCACAUGGAGUUCAUUCCGAUGAGGUGCUCGCGGCGACGGCCAUUUUGUCUGUGUAUGAAUUCCUCGAUGCCGCAGGGCCUGCGUGGAAUCGUCAUUUGAGUGGUGUCAAGUCGUUGCUUGAUGUCGCCGAAGUUGGCAUGAUGCCUCUCGAGCAGCGUUCGUCUCCGGGAGAGAGCUCAUAUCAAACACAGACGCCUAAGAAGUCUGGUCUUUCCAAGGCUCGGAAGGCGACGUUUUGGAAUUUCGCGCGGCAGGACUACCUAGCUGCCUUUCUCUGGACCGAAGCAGGUCUCAUCCUCGACAGCGCGGGCUUUCUCCGCCCCAGCAACACAAGCGCGGCAGGAUACCCAGAAGGCGAAGAUAUAAUGAAAGAAGACCUAAUCAGCAACGGACUAGUCUGGAUAAUGUCCAAGAUAGUCAACUUCAUAAGCUCCGGCGAUAACGUUCCACUAAACGAUCACCAAUCCAUACCAGGACCGCUGGGCGUCUCGCAACAAGUCCUGCUGGAGCGGUGGUACAGGCUCGAAGCCGAGCUCGACGCAUGGUACACCGGCAUCCCAGAGACAUUCCGGCCCUGCGCACGAAUGGAUCCCCACAAACUCUCACACCACCGCUCACCCAACGAAAACGAAGACAUCUCCACCCUCCAGGAAAUCUGGUACAGCCUACCUAUGUGCGCCUCCGCCAUGCAACACUACCACAUGGCACGCAUCCUGCUGCUCAUCAACAAACCACACGAAUCCACCAGCCGUCGGAGCACCAUCACGCUCCGUCUCCAGUCGUACCGCUCCAUUGAGGCUGAGAUUGCAUUCCACAGUCGCGAGAUUGUGGGUAUCGGUCUCUCCCGUCCGGAUGGGAGCGUCCGGAUCAACUCGCUACAGCCGCUCUUUGUUAGUGGGCAGUGUCUGACUGACCCGCGCGAGCGUCGUACUACCGUGCGUCUGCUGAGGAGUAUCGAGUCUGAUCUAGGCUGGGCGACUGAAUACCGCGUACAGCAGUUAUUGAAGGAGUGGGGGUGGAAUGAGAAUUUGACGCGGUCGCCUUCUGGUUCCUGA